AUGGAAUGUCCUAUCAAUCCGACCGAGCUGAGGCAGCUCCAGACGCUGAUCAGCUACUGUGAGCUUGCCCCGGGGCUACUAAAUCUGCCCGAGCUGAGCUUUCUAAAGAAGUUCGUUGAAAGUCUGGGCGGAAAGGUCCCGGAGGGUGUUCCGGAUCUGAGCGGCAUGAUGGGUGGCAAAAAGAAAAGCAGCGCCGAGGACACGGCAGGAACAGAACCGAAAAAGGAGGAACCCAAGGAAGUUGAAUCGGAUCCAGAAUCAGAGCUGGAGUUGAACAACGAGGGAUGCGUGGAGCCGGAUUCGGAACCAAACCAACCGAUGGGUGACGCAUCGAAGGAACCUACGGAAGAAGAAUUCGACCAGGCGAACGAUUUCCGAUCACAGGCGGCUGCGGCGUACGGCGAGGGAAAGUACGAUGAAGCCGUAAAACUGUUUACCGAUGCCAUCCAGCUAAACCCGAAGAGUGCUCUGUACUACGCGAAGCGUGGUCAAGCCUAUCUGAAGUUGCAGAAACCAAACGCCUGUAUCCGCGACUGUGACCGUGCGUUGGAAAUCAACCCGGACUCGGCGACGGCGUACAAAUUCCGCGGACGUGCGAACCGUCUGCUGGGCCAUUGGGAGGAAGCGGUCAAGGAUUUGCGGCAGGCCUGCAAGCUGGACUUUGACGAGGAGGCGGACGAGUGGCUGAAGGAGGUAACGCCGAACGCGAAAAAGAUCGAACAGCACAACCAAAAGCAGGCCCGCCGGCGGGAGGAGCGUGAGUUCCGCGAACGUCAGGAACGCGUCCGCAAAGCGCAAGAAGCGAACCGCAAGGCGGCAGAGGAGGGUAGCAGUGCGACCGGGGCGCGACCAGGUGCUGGUGGAAUGCCUUAUGCUAAAGGAAUUCCUGAAGAGAUGCUGAAAUUGUUUGAUGAUCCGGAGGUGCGUGACGCGAUUAUGGACAUGUUUUCCAACCCGUCCAAUAUCUCAAAGUACGCGAACAAUCCGAAGAUCAUGUCGGUACUGAUGAAGAUGUACUCGAACAAUCCUGGUGGCGGUGGUUUUCCUGGAUUCAAUACUAGCGGUGGUUUUCCUGGAUUCGGUGAUGGGGGUGAUUUCCCAAACUUUGAUGGCUCCGAUGGUGGAGCUGGUGCGGGUGCAGGAGCUGAUGCAAAGGCCGGUGCUGGAAGUGGCGGUGCCCACGUAGAUGAUCUAGAUUAG